UGUGUUGAUCUUCUGCUUUCUGACAGAUUCCCCCUCCCUUUUGUUGCUCUGGAAAGCUCGAGCAGAUGGUAUGUGUUGGAGGAAAGCUAGGAGUUGCAUAACUCACAGCUCCAGCCUCUGUAAUCUGGAAACGGACUCAGAAUUCGGGAAACGCUGCCAGCGAGGAGUCUGGGGACCAGAGGAUAAGAAGCACACUCAAAAUAUUCUGAACAAGCUGUCCGAACGGAGGAAGAAGCAAUAUUUUCUUCACUUUGAAUAUUCAUAUCCAGGCGGAACUGCAGUUCAACAUGAAGCUGGCUUUUACUUUCUUCCUCGUUAUUGAACUUCUCCCAGCGUGUACUGAUGGAUUUGUGAGCAGACACCCGUACCCUAGUCUGCGUGUGCAUGAACAGGGUGAAAGAGAAUCCUUCUCAGACCCCAAUUCCUAUUCAGCCAAGCAGGCCUUGCCUGGAGUAGGUCGGAACCAGCCGGUGGGUGAAGGGGCCCAGACCGCCGCUGGCCGCUGUGUCCAGUGUUGUGACCCCUCUGACCGACCCGCAGGCCGCAGGUAUCGUUACCAUUACUACGGCGAUGACCCACCACAAUUCCGAGCAACUCCUCAGAUCAACCUCACUAUCCUCAAAGGUGAGAAGGGUGAAAAAGGGCCUCAAGGUUCUUACGGCGACCAUGGCAAGGCUGGCACUUCUGGGCUAACGGGACCAGCGGGGCUAAAAGGUGCCAAGGGAAGUCCAGGGAAGUUUGGGGAUCCCUGCAAGUUGUACUACGCUGCCUUCUCGGUGGGCCGGAAGAAGGAGCUGCACAGUAAUGACUACUAUCAGGUGCUGGUGUUUGACACCGUGUAUGUCAACCUGUACGACCAGUUUAAUAUGUUCUCCGGCAAGUUCUACUGCACCAUCCCAGGCGUUUAUCACUUCAGCCUGAACGUACACACUUGGAAUGACAAGGAAACCUACAUGCACAUCAUGAAGAAUGAGGAGGAGGUAGUUGUCCUGUACACCCAGCCCAGUGAUCGCAGUAUCAUGCAGAGUCAGAGCAUCAUGCUGGACCUGCAGCAGAAUGAUGAGGUCUGGGUUCGCUUGCACAAAGGUGAACGAGAGAAUGCCAUAUUCAGCGAUGGCCUUGAUACCUACAUCACCUUCAACGGCUUCCUGAUAAAACCAAAUAGUGAGAACUAACCAGUGCUUUUAUUGUGAGUCGGCUCCCGGUACCUCGAUAAAAUAAAAGCUAGAUUGGUGUCUAGCAGCCAUAAGCGUUGCAUCAACUGUUAUAUGAGUGUCGGCACACAUCUGUAGACAAAAAAGUGCUGGUGAUAUAGAAACAUAGAAAAAUAG